UUGAUCUUGGGCUGAGGCUUCCUAAGAGAGUGCGAAAAGAAGAUGAAAAGGGGGCUGCUGUCCCAGAGUUGGCGAGGUCUAACCUUAUCUCGAAUUGAACCACAAGAGAGGAGAAAAGCCACUGCUCCUUUCUAGUCUGUGUCUGCUCAGAGCCAUGCACUGGCAGCCAGAGAGUUGCUAUUUGAUCUGCCUGUGGAGCAAGAAGGGUCGAGGGCGACGGCUGAGCAGACACAGUGUCAUUUGUUGGGAUUGUCAUUUAGUUCCCUAAUCUGUCACCUGAUGGCCAGCCAAGCAAGCGCUCAGCACAACCGUGGACCAUUCACCCUUGCACAAGCGGCGGAGGCAAGAAAAGCUUUUCUCUAACAGCUGGAGGUCUGCUGGGCAUUCAAGCAAUGGCUGUUGAGUACGGCAGCUGUUUCAAUAUCUAAUUGCAUUUCAGCUUUAAUAACUCAAGGGAAAAGCAUCGUGUUGCCUACCAUGAGCUACUUCCUGUCCUACUGCAAAGCACACUGCACCGAUGUGCUCACCCAGUACCAGACCCUGAGAUCAGAGGGCUUUCUGUGCGAUAUUAUGCUGAAAGUGAAGGAGAACGAGUUUCCUGCACACAAGUCCUUGUUGGCAUGCUCCAGCGACUAUUUCCGAGCCAUGUUCAAAAGUUACACCCAAGAGUCAAAAGCCAGUGUAAUUCACCUGCAAGUUGUCUCACCCACCGGUCUCCAGCACGUCUUGGAUUUCAUUUACACUUCCUUGUUGCCCCUUUCCUUUGAAAGCCUGGAAGAUACCUUGGAAGCUGCAAGCUACUUGCAAGUGACUGAUGCUAUUGGCUUGUGCAAUCAGUACUUAGUUAACAAUCUUGCCUUGGAACACUGCUGCUUCUCCGCCAAUGUGGCCAGGAAGUUCUACCUGCCUGACGCCUUAGCAGCAACAGAAAAGUACAUUGUUAAUAAUCUCUGGAAGCUGCUGGACUUGGAUUUGUCAGGACUACUUGAGCUGAACUUUAGGUCUUUGCUAGUAGUCAUUCAGUCGCCAGAUCUCCCUAUGGUGAAAGAAACCUGCCUUUUGAAUCUUGUGCUGCUGUGGCUGAAGCAGGAUAAAUCCAGGCUGGCUUAUGCAAACAGCCUUUUAGAGCACAUAAGAUACGGCCUCAUUCCAGUAGAAGAGCUGAGAAAAACCUACACACAGUCAGAAGUGCCCCUCUCCGCAGCUAUUAAGUGCUUGAUCAUUAAAGCAAUAAAUUACCACACAUCUGUUUUCAAACAGCCCGUCCUGCAGGAUAAGUCCACCACGCUGAGGAACCAGAAAACUCGGAUCAUUCUGCUGGGAGGAGGGACAGCAAACGGGGGGCUUGUCACCGAUGUGGUGGCCUUUGAUGUUUACAAUCACAAAUGGCGAGUUCUCUCGCAGAUGCGGGACAGGCUGCAGAACCACAGUGUCUGUGUGGUGGGGAACUUCCUCUACGUCUUGGGUGGGGAAAUAGAAACUGAUGCCCUGGGUGAUGCUAAAUCUGAAAAGCUCUUAUCGGUUACCAACAAGGUCCAUCGUUAUGAUCCAAGAUUUAACACGUGGACCCAAAUCACAGGCAUGCUGGAAAGGAGAUGUCAGUUUUCUUGUUGUGUCCUAGGAAAGGAUAUCUUUGCCAUUGGUGGAAGGGGUGAGAAUGGGUUGCUGCAUUCGUCUGUGGAAGUCUACAACAUCAGCAGGGACAGAUGGACGAAGGCCAAGGAAUUGCCAUGCAAGAUACAUGGCCAUGCCAGUGCCAUUUGCAAGAAUGCUAUAUACAUCUCUGGCGGCAAGUACGCAGACCCAGCCAUGACAAGCAAGGACGUAUAUUCUCUGAACUCCCUUGAAGGGCAGUGGAUAAAAAAAGCCCCCAUGAGCAUUGCUCGGUUUGGGCAUCAGAUGGCAACAAUCAGAGAAGCCAUAUUCACCUUUUUAGGAUUAUAUGAACCAUUCUCUGAAAUAGAGAGAUACGACCCUGAUCAAAACCAAUGGACUCGAUUAAGACCGCUGAUCUAUGAUCGAUUUUGCUAUGGUCUGGCAGUGGUAGAGGAAACAGCUCUGCUUAUUGGGGGAAAGAAAUGGCAAAACUCACAGGAAGUCUCUACGCAAGAUGUGGUUGGCUAUGACAUCGACAACGAUGGCUGGGAAGAGAUCUGCAAAGCCCCUUUGCCUUGGUGUGGGCUGCAGUGUGCAGUGCUGCAACUCUCUGAACUGGCUGAUGAGCAGGACAGUGACAUCCUGCAGAAGAGGCUGCUGAACUGCUGAGCUGACAGGCUGAGGAAUGAUCGUCCCAGGAGAUGAGCCAGCACAGAAGUCCUGAAGAAGAAGAAGGAAAUUGUAAAGGCACUGAACGUGACAGAGUGGAGGUUUUGCUUUGAUAAGCCAAAUACUUGGUGGAAACAGGCAAGAAAGUCUGGAUCCAGUAUGGGAAAAGAUGCUGGGAUUUACAGAGUUGGAAGCUGAUCUCACUGAGGAAGGACAUAGCAAGUAGCACAUUUAGAGGCAAUGAAUACUAAUCGUAAUCCUUGACUUUUGAACAAUAAUACCUAGAUAGCAAUUAAUAGGUGCUGCAAGUCAGAUUUUUCAAAGGUUAAAAAAUAUAAUCCAUCUUUUAUGUUUCCUUAAUCAUAGGAAAUUUUCCCAGCUGGUAAGUGCAAUUGAAUUUUUAUGCUAUAGAUAAGCAAAAUGAAAGUGAACUGUAUAAAGCCUAGAAAAUUGAUGCCUAUGCCAAGUACUGCUAGGGAGAAGGUAUUAUUUGAAAUGUUACAUACUAGGCAAGAAUGACUUAGCUAACCAGCAUGAAAUUACUGGACAGAAAGCACGGGUUUUUUUGAUAUGUAGACUCAGUUAUGGCAAUAAGUUAAAACAGUGACUGUUUCAUAGAAGCCAUUCCUCUCUGAGCAGCCUUUAGUGUGGCAGGUCAUUCAGAUGCUUAUUCUGCGUUAUUUUAAAGAUGCACACUAGCAGUACAGUGCAUUUCUUUUGUAUUCAAACUUUGUAUUAGUUUAGAUGGCCAGAGCAGAAUGGGUAUACAUAUUAGUCUCUAAGAAACACUUUACAGGAGUUGCUGGAACUAAUGCCUUGAUACUUACCUUGGCAGCAUACAUUGCUUUAUUGUACCUGCCCAUAACAGCAAAUCUGUUCAUGGCUGAACUGGUACAUGAGAGAAUCCUGCAGUCAAAAAUGAGGUACAAUGUGGAAAGAGGUAACUGAAGGCUUUCAGAAGACUUUAUUCAGUAUCAGC